AUGUCCCAGAACGUAGAUCAGUUAGAGAAACGCAUUGAAGUCGUGGAAAUCAAUGAUAAAUGUCCCGAACCGCCACAGCCAAUCACACCCCAUGAAAGGCAAGUCGUUGAUGCUGUAAUUGCCAUAUGGAAGGAAGAUCCAUCGACUGAAUCCCUUGGCGUGCCAAAACUUCACAGUAUCGUCAAGGAAAAACAUCCUAAUUGGUCUCUCUCGGAGAAAAGAGUACGGGCGCUUCUAAAAAAAUUCGGGCUCAUGCCUACUGCUAACGUUGAACAAUAUACGUACGCGAAAGACAUUACUUCAUUAAAAACGCCUCAUGUUGUGGUUCCUGACAAGUUAACACUCCAGAUGACAUCCAAGCGUGGAAAAGGUUUAUUUGCUAAGACGGAAAUCAAGGAAGGCGAAUUAAUUUGGGAAGAGGCUCCACUUUUCUUGAUUCCUCUGUUGGCUCACGCUGAAUUGAUCACAAAUGGUAAAGCGUGCUCUUUUUGUGGCAAAAUCUCCAAUGAUGCUUCAAGAUCAAAAGCUGGAUUGUCCGUUUUGAGGGGCAUAGAUUGCAGUUCUUGUCCUGAAACUUGGUGCUCCUCUUAUUGCAAACGCGUUAAUCAAACGCAGCAUUCCGCAUUAAAGCAUGUUGGACGGUCUAGCAUUAAACAAUUCGAUGCUGAGGCUUGUCAUUCCUUGGUUGAAUUUGCUAUAAAGGAACAAUGGAAUGCAUUGUAUGCAAUUACAUUAAUAUUUGCAGACAUAUUGCUUGAUAAGAGUAACGUCAAGGGCGAUCAAUUCAAAGCGAUGGCUAGAGUCGAUCAGAGGAUCAGAUACAAAGCAUUGAACUCUUCAGCUGGUGCUUUUGAUUCAAUGCAAGGGGGUGCAUUAUUCGUCGAAGAACAGCAAGAACAAUUGUGGAAAAAGGGGUACGAGUUAUUCUGCGAUGUGUUUCCGCGUAGUCGUCAGGAGAAAAACCUUCUGUAUGAUGAGUUCAUGUUCAUGAUGGGCACUUAUAAUAUCAAUAAUGUGGAUUCAUGUAUCUUUCUAUUACAGUCGCAUUUGAACCACAAUUGUGAUCCGAAUACUAAGGUUGUCUUAUCCGCGAAGAAAUACGAAAAGUUGAAGGUAUUUGCUGCAAGAGAUAUCAGGACUGGUGAGGAGUUGACAACAACAUAUGUCAAUCCUUCUCAUACGGUUCAGCAGAGACAAAGAGAGCUUCGUGUUAAUUGGGGUUUUAUCUGCAAAUGUCAAAAAUGCAAAUCUGAUUUCGAGUUGCAAAAAAGACGGAAAUCCAGUAGUUCCAAGUCGUUGAAGGAUAAAGCAGAUGUCAAAGCAAUGUUAGACAGCGCAUCCAAAGAAUUGGAAGGAAAAGAGCUCGAAUUGCAGGUUCCUCUUGAUUAUAAUGGGGAAAGACGAAAGUCAGUUAGAUUUGACGAGAAGGUAAUUAAAUUGGCUUAA